AUGAUUGUUGAACCAACAAAUGAAGAAAUUAUUAGUGAUAUAAUUGAACAAAUUCAAAAAAAAAUUUCUGAUAAUUUUUCAAAUCAAAUAGAAGAUUCAAAUAAAAUACAAACUAUGUCAAUAGAUAUUGAUCAUGUCAUUGAGUCACAUAUGAAUCAUAUUGAUGCAAAUCACAAUGAAGAAAGUAUUCAUCAUACUAAUAAUGAAUCUAUUUCAACAACACAAGAUGUACAAAUGGAUGAUAUAAAUGGUAGUUUAAAUAAACAAAUAUCAAUAGAAACUGAUCAACAAUCUUCAAUAUUUUUGCAAUCAAAAAUUAACGAUGAUAUUGUAGAAACUGAAGAUAUGAUCUAUCUUCAAUAUAUAUCAAGAUCGAUAAGAAGAAUAUAG